ACGCCAGUAUAUAAGGAAGCACGAGCCAGGGUUGCGUCAGUUCCACCAGGAAAUUCGCAGAGGAAACACAUACCACUCCUUUUCAGUGACCCCCCUCCUCUCGUGCCCAGCCAUGUCUACCUUCACCUCAGUAAUCCAAAUGGCGGUCCUUGUGGCGUGUAUUGCAAUGGCGACCUUACCACACACCCAGGGGCGCUCCGCAGAUGGUUUUGGGCGUAUGGGUCGGCUGCUGGCGUCCCUCAAGGCUGACUCUUUGGGCCCCGUCCAAGAUUACGGCGUAGAGGGAGCGGCGCACCCCUUAGAGAAGAGACAGAUUUUCGAUUCCUCCUGCAAGGGUGUUUACGAUAGAGCGAUCUUCAGUGAACUGGAACACGUUUGUAAUGACUGCUACAACCUUUACAGAACAUCCCGUGUCGCCAGUGGGUGCAGGGCGAACUGUUUCGAAAACCAUGUAUUUGAUGACUGUGUGUAUGACCUGCUGCUGCACAAUCCUGACGAGGUGCUGCUUAUGAGGGACGCCAUCAGGGGUUAAAUGUGUCAAGACCAUGAUCUAACUGCUACAGCAACGUGGUCAUCCGCCAGUGCAUGGAAGACCUCCUGCUGAUGGACAACUUCGAAGAAAUUGCCAGAAAAAUACAAAUGGUUGGCAAGAAGUAAAAAAAAAUGAAUAAUCUCGCUUAUAAGAUUCACCAUAGUCGCCCCUUCAACGGAAUUUGGGGAUUAUAGAAUAGGUUACGUUAAAUCCCUCUCCUGAAUACCUCUGGCAGCUUAGCAAGGGUUAAAAGGGUUGAUCUGCAGCCUCCCUUCAUAACCUCAUCUUAUAAACAGGGAGAAGUUAGAGAAAAUGUUAUUACUAUUAUUAUUAUUACCAGUCAUCCCUCUUCACCUUUCGUAAGUGCUAUAGAGAGUCUCGUCUUGUCUAUUUAUUACUGCUAAACUACCUUAAAGCCACCACCUUUAACUACCUUAAGUGCCAAAGAAAAUGAGUUUUGGGCGUAAGUUUUAAUUCGCGCGCCAAAAAUUUCAAUGGCGUCAAGGGGAAACGAGCCUAUCUGAUAAAUGAUUAAUGGCUUGAAAAAAAAAAAAAAAAGUCUAUAUUACUUUUCUCUCUAAAUAAGCUUCUCACAAGUGCCAAAAAAAUAGUUAGAGUGUUGAUGAUAAUAUUCUCUCCCUUAUACGUUACAAAACAAGCGUCAAAAUUUUGAAUGAGAAGGGGUAACGAUUCUAUUUUAUUUAUUACUGCCCCUUUGCCUAAUUCACAGCUUGAGUUUCUAUCAAAUAUCUGGAUAAAUAGCGUCUAACUUAUUUAAAGAACGUGCAUCUAUCUAAUCCCUAUUCAGGUAUUUAAAUAGUCAUAAGGAACGUGCAAUAUUAAUGUUUAAAGGAAGGGAUUAUUGUACUAGGCUUGUGACCCCUUGCGUAGGACCCAGACCAAGACCCACAGCGACAUUCCGUCCCUCUUUUGAGCGGGGAUUAACAAACGCCUGUCAUUCCUUUAGUUUAAGUAGGCUAUUUAUUUAUUGACUAUUUAUUGAUAUUUUCGUAGCAGGCUUAUUAGUUUAAAUAGGUGGUAGGUUUUUAUUAUUUAACUGACAUGUUUAAUUAUUAUAGUGUUCUUUUAGGUUUUCUGAACUUAAAGGAAUGAUAUUUCUUUUUGGUUAAUUCGUAUCAUGAAAUUUUCGGCUAUUUUUUUUUCAUAGAAGGAAGAGAAAAUAUGAAAAGAUGAAGAGAAAUGCAAAUAAAAAAAAAGAAAAUUAUUUGUGAAGGAAAAAAAAAACACUUGAAUUUUCACCGAAGAGAAAUAAAACACCAAUUUAACGAGAGAAACAAAUUUGCUGACGGGGAAAAAAAAAAAAAAAAAAUCUGAGCCGAAAAAAAAUAUACCAAUUAACCAGACUUACAUAGAAAAAAAACCUUAUCAAUAAUUAUUUACUUUAUUAUUAUUUAAACCUGAUUCUAGUCAGACCUUAGGAUAUCGCAAUUAUGAUCAUUAUUUUUGUAUGCGCUUUGAAUAAUCAGUAUUGCACAUGUGAAGCGACCAUAACUGUAAACCGUUCCUUUAAGAAUCUCAUUAGGGCAAACAUUAUUAUACAUUGUGCCUUUAAGUUUUGUUGAAGUAUUUAAGUGAACGUUACCAUUGCCAAAGACUUAGAAAUAGUAGUAAUAGGAAAGGUGGAAGGAGGGAGGCCAUGAUGGAAAAAUAAACUUGAAUAUAUAUAAAAAAAAUAAA